AAAGCCGACGCGACGGCAAAAGACACGAGAGACGCGAGACGACAGACGUGGAAUGACUUCACGCCUCUGUCCGUGUAUUUCGAUGGUUUUUACGUGUCCGUUCGUAUUGUGAGUCGGAUAGCACGCCGCAGCAUCGUGCUAGCCGUCGUCCAAGAUCGUUUUCGCGUUAAACCACAACGAUAUACGCCGAACGUUGGCGAAAAACGCGAAGCGGCUGACACAUCGGUCGGGAGGCAGCCUCUGGAUUCGGUGAGCAAGCGUGAGAGUGAAAAGGACGGAGAGCGCGGGCGAAAGGGGGAGAGAGAAGGAAGGAAGGAGGAGGAUACGGCGUGAAAGACAGGGGACUGACGUGUUGCAGGCGUAUCAGACGAACGUGUGUAGCGGUCGAACGCACCGACGAAAUACGGCAUUGUGCGGUACGCGAGGAGCGCGCGCGUCACAGUUUCACCGUUCCAUUCAAGAAUGUUUUAAUUACGGGAGGUGCCGCGGUCCUAGCGAGCCCUUCGCUACGACAGUGGAUGAUACGCGUCGUGUGUGUGUCGUACACCCCGAGUGAGGAUUAACCGUCUUUAACGGACGUGUGUGUGUCGUCCCGCACGAGAGGAAACGAACGUCUGACAGAGAUGCUGAAGUUUAUCAGGGGGAAGGGCCAACAACCCACGGCCGAACGACAGAAACUGCAAAAGGAUCUUUUCGCCUUUCGAAAGACGGUGCAGCAUGGGUUCCCAAACAAACCCACAGCCCUCGCCUGGGAUCCGAGUUUGCGGCUGAUGAUCAUCGGCACGGCAUCCGGCGCCAUCAAGGUAUUCGGUAGGCCAGGCGUCGAGUUCUACGGACAGCACACCAUCGAGAGCGGAGAAAAUGCCGUCACGAAGAUCGUCGCUUUGCCCAACGAGGGCCGCGUGGUUUCCCUCUGCGACGACAACUCUCUUCAUCUGUGGGAGAUCAACGAGAGCUCGGUCGUCGAGACAAAGUCGCUCUCGUUGGAGGGUAAACUGAAGAAGAUUUCGGCGAUGUGCUUGGAAUCGAGCGGCGAGAACCUUCUUCUCGGCACGGAAGGCGGCAACAUCUAUCUUCUGAACCUGAAGACGUUCGAGAUGCCCGACAAUAUCAUCUACCAGGACGUCGUGAUGCAGAAUGUACCGGACGAUUACAAGAAGAAUCCAGGAGCGGUCGAGGCGAUAGCGGAACAACCAGGUCACCCAGACAAUAUUCUGAUAGGUUACAAUCGCGGUUUAAUGGUACUGUGGAACAAAGCGACUCCCGGCGCUCAACAGCUGAUGGGUUUGUUUUCGCGUGCGCAGACGUUCGUCUCCACGCAACAGCUGGAGUCGGUCCAUUGGGUCUCCGAGACCCGUUUCAUUUCGUCGCACAACGACGGAUCGUACGCGUUCUGGAGUCCGGGAAGCGAGACCAUGUUGGAUUCGACCACCCUCUACGGCCCGUUCCCCUGUAAGGCCGUCUCGAAAAUUCUCGUGUACCCAACCGCGGAGCACGGAGAGCUGUUUUUGUUUUCGGGGGGAAUGCAGCGCGCUAGUUACGGCGAUCGUCACACGAUCACCGUCAUGACGAAGGAGAAGCACGUGGUUUUCGACUUCACAUCGAAGGUGAUCGAUUUCUUCACCGUUUUCCCGAAACAAGAGGACGGCAAGGAAGCCCUGGACAAUCCCGAAGCGAUCGUAGUGCUGGCCGAGGAAGAGGUCGUAGCCAUCGAUUUGACCAACCCCGAAUGGAAAAUGAUGGCGUUGCCUUAUCUAGUGUCUCUGCACGCAAGCGCGGUCACUUGUUCGCAGCACGUACCGAAUGUCCCCGAUGAACUUUGGGAUACCAUAGUGGCGGCUGGAAAAGCGCAGACGGAGCACCUGUACUCGGAUAAGCCGUGGCCCAUAGACGGCGGAAUAAUUAUGUGUCAAAAGCCAGCGAGCGACAAACCGAAAGGCAAAGAAUUGCUGCUCACUGGUCACGAGGACGGAACCGUCAGAUUUUGGAACGCUUCCGACGUUGCCUUGACGCCCCUGUACAAAUAUAACUCGUCCAUUUUGUUUACCGGCGAGCAUCUAGAUGUUUUGGAGCAACCGCCGGAGGACGACGAGGACGAAUGGCCGCCGUUCAGGAAAGUUGGAACUUUCGACCCCUAUUCCGACGAUCCGCGACUCGCGGUGAAGAAAGUUUUGCUUUGUCCUUUGUCGUCCACGUUGGUGGUUGCUGGCACCGCUGGCCAUGUGAUCACUGCCACCGUGUCGUCCGAGGCUGUAAACAAAGAGAUCAAAGCCGUCAAGAUGAACAUCGUGGACGAUCGCGAUGGAUUCGUUUGGAAAGGUCACGAUAACCUGCCCGCGAGAACGGCUAGCAUAUCUUUCGCAGUCGGCUUUCAACCGCAAAGUCUUCUUCAAUUAUAUCCGCCAGCUGCGGUCACCGCGCUGGCUAUACACAGCGAGUGGGGAUUACUCGCUGCUGGCACGGCUCAUGGCUUAGCAGUUUUCGAUUAUACAAGGGCAAAGGCUGUCAGUGUCAAGUGCACGCUCAAUCCGAAUGAUCUUUCCGGGUCGGGUGAUACGCCUAUUUCGAGAAGAAAAUCGUUCAAGAAGUCGUUGAGGGAGUCUUUCAGAAGAUUGAGAAAAGGAAGGUCGCAGCGUCGAACGAACGCCGGGAGUCCAACGAGAAACACAGCACCGGAGAAGAAGAAGGAAACUACUAGCGUAGCCUCGUCUCCGAGCGCGGAUCUCUCACCGGUAGAAUUAAAACCCGUGGAGAGGCAAGUAGAAGCAAGACCCGUGGAUGAUGCCCUUGGAUCGAUGGUUCGAUGUUUAUAUUUUGCCAGGAGUUAUAUCAUUAGCAUGCAAAACACCACGCCAACGCUUUGGGCGGGCACCAAUAACGGUACAGUUUACGUGUUCACGUUAGCGAUACCGGCGGGCGUUAGAAGAGCAGAAGAGGACGUAAAGUGUACAUUAGGAAAAGAGAUUCAAUUGAAGCACAGAGCGCCUGUAAUCGCGAUAACGAUUCUAGACGGGUCGAGCGUACCGUUGCCAGAACCAUUCGAGGCCGAAAAGGGCGUGAGCCCUGGCCCUGACAUGGCGUCCCCUCACAGAGUGGUGAUCGCCAGCGAGGAACAAUUCAAAAUCUUCAAUCUUCCGUCAUUGAAACCGUAUUGUAAAUACAAGCUCACCGCGCACGAGGGUUCCCGUGUGCGGAAAACGGGUUUCGCGAAAUUUACGUGUCCUAUAGAACCCGCGGGGACGCACGAAGAAACCUGUUUGCUGUGUCUGACCAAUCUCGGGGAUUGUUUAGUGCUCAGUAUUCCGGAAUUGAGAAGACAGCUCAACGCCGCUGCCAUUAAGAGGGAGGACAUUAACGGAAUAUCAUCGUUAACGUUCACGAAAGCCGGCGAAGCUUUGUAUCUGCAUUCAAGUUCGGAACUUCAGCGAAUUUCUUUAUCGGCCAGUAAAGUAACGAAAGCGCAUUGCGCGCUGAAUUUACCGCCGAACGCCAGAUCGUUCCCCGAGACUGUCAACAACGAAGAAAUCCAGGAAAAAGGUGUGGUCGAGGGUACACCCGAAACGGAAAGUGAAACGCAAGGGAAUCAAACGGCUCCGGUACAAAGGAUGAUCACAGAAAACGGUGUCGUGGGUUCUACCAGUGGCGAAGAGUCCCCGAAAGAACCUUCUCUGCGACCAGCUGCGAGCACGAACGACGUAAACGGGGAAGAUGAUCGCCAAGACUUAAGUUCUAUCGGAGAUAUCACGAUCGAUAGCGUGAAGGACCAUUUACUUAACAGUUCACUUUUCAGAAACGCAACGUCUUCCGAAGAACUUCACAGUCGUCUUGCAGGACUUAAGAUGGAAGUAACUUCGCGAACCUCGGAAAUUUCCACACAGAAUCAGUCCCUCGUCGUCAAGACUACGACCGUUGUCUCACAGACAACCAACAAUACGACCGCCAACGGAGAGGUUGAAACAAGUCAGACGAACGAAACACAACAAAUGAACAGCACUACGGUAGAGAGAGAGAUAAGCAGCGGUACCGAGACAACAACGACACACGCUACCAUCACUCUACCCCCAAACGUCGAGAUUAGUGCAGCCGACUUGGCAAAUUUGGAGGUGACAACAACCACAGUGACCACCGAAAAGUCCAAAGCUCCGCUGGCUAGGCCUGAGGAAGUUGGUUCUUAGGAAUAUUCCAAAUCGUACCCGUGCCCCCAAUCACACCGAUUUUAUCGCUCUGAACUAUCAGAGCCACGAAUAAUUAGCUGUUUUACUUAAUGAACUCACGUGUACACAGCGGCGAUAGGUAGAAUUUAUAUAUCGUAGAUCUUUAAAAAAUUUAGAUUUGUACGCGGCAUUAGCGCUAGCCAUAUAAACGAUAAGAGAGCGAGCAAACAUUUUCGAGUAUUGUAAAGGACGAACCGCUUGAGUUGUGCCCAACUGCCAAGAUCGUCGAUAUACAUAUUUUAUUCUUUUUAUCAAAUGUUGUCACUGCAUUUUUCACUCAACCGAAAGAUUUUGUAUCAGACGAGAUUCGAGAACUAUACAAAUUCAGUGGUUUAGUGAGACUAGGCCUAGGUAAUUUUAACAGGAUCAAUUUUAUUUGCACACACGCGCGAGAAAAUCUUUGUCGAAUAAGAUUGCGACGUAUACUGUUUUAUCCGUCAAUUGAUUCCCUAAGAUAUACAGUUUUAAGAUAAUUUUCGAGAAUUUGACAUUUUUUAAAAAAAAUAGAUAAGACGUCUAAAAAAUUUUAUAAUUCGUAACGUGAAAUUUGAGAUAAUUGAAUAAAUUUUACUUUGUUGUAUGUACAGAAAACCACAAAAUACAUCACAGUUCGUGAGCAUGACAGCCAUAUUGUAACGCAACCGACGUGUGCGUUGCGGUACGUUGUAUUUCUUUAAUAAUAAAAGUAACAAAGAGGCGACUUAAACCAUCUAUAGUAUUUCGAAUGUUAUGGGCGUGUCGCGGAAUAGGUCGAAGAAAACAAAGUUGUGUAAAAAAUCGAUACGCCUAACGAAUAGAGAGAUAGCUACUUAAGUAGUAUUACGUUCUAAGGAAAGUUACAGAGAUUAAGGGAAACUUAUGACGCGACUAUCGAUGACCAUGGCGUAGAGGAGAGAGCCGUUAAAAAUAUAUUUUUUAUUGUCGUUGGUUAAUCGUUAAGUUUUCCCCUUUUCUUUGUUUACAAACGACCAUGGUACAAGGAGACUUUCUCUAUCGAAAAGCAUCGAAACGUCGUCGAACGGAAUCAAUCCAAUGCACGGAGAAGAAAGUAACUAUGUAUUUAGCACCACACGUAUGUUCGAUCUUUUAGAUAAAGAUGCUACUGCUGCUGAGUUAUUUUUGGUGGAGGACAAUUGCUACAUAUUACUUUUUACGCGAUUAAGUCGUAAAAUUUCACGAAUCUAGUACCGUCUAUCGUUAAUGUAGUCACGUACUACGUAGUUUGAUUUGUGUUACGAGAGUACGGAUUGUAUGUUAGAACACCAAUCUUUUGGAUCUCAACGUUGUUCUUAGCCGAACGCGCAAUCCUUAACUUCUUUUGGUAAUUUCGUAUUCAAAUUCACGUGUUUUUCUUUUUUUUUGUAUGAAUACCGUGUUAACGAUUUUUUUUACGAAACAGCAUUACGUAUAAAGAUAACGUAAAAUACAUGUAUUGAAAACGACAGACUGACGCACGGAAGAGACGUAUCCGUUUCUUUUGCAUUUAAUCAAUACCAUUCACAUACGAGUCCGAACAAAGUUUUUCCGCCGUUUAUCGUCUGUCUCUCGAGACUACGCACGCGUUGAAACAAGUGUCGAUUUUAUUGUUCGUGAAUGGAAUCAACGCGUGGCCUUUGUAGAUAGAUUUUCAUCUUCCUCUACUUUCGUAAAUUCUUACGACUUUUUACUCCUUUUAAUCGACCAGUUCACGAGAAGUAUGUCUCUUAUACGUGGUAAAUUGCGAAUAAAUGUUAUACAAGGUGUUCCAACAGUUAAGCACUGAUUAAAGGUUUAGAAUCUGGACUCAUUCGGGCGGACAAUAAUUCGGAUGAAUUUGUACUUUGAUAAAAUUUACACGCGUCUGACGUUUGUAAUUCAUUUUCACGUGAUAGGAGGGCUAGUAACUUGUAUUGUGCUUCUGGAGCACCCUGUAUGUUGAUUUUAUUAUAAUUGUAAACUGUAAUAACGAGGUGAAGUCAUCGCGUUAAGUAAGAUACGAAUGUAUGGAAAACAAACGUGCUUCUGCUAUUGUGAAAUUUAUUGGUUUUUUACCUUGAUAAAAUAUUACACAUUGUACACAG